AAUAACUGUUUGUAUAUUAGUCUGAGCGCACUUUGAUGCUUCUAGAGCUAGCUUAGCUUGCUAGUUAGCUUAGCUUGUUAGCUGCUAACAAAGAGUGAUGAAAACACAUCGCUAAGCAGAGAUCAAGUGUGAGUGUAAAGUGUUGUGAUUGUGUGAAAAUGUGCGAAAGAACCAUAGCAGAGUACGAGGAGGAACUUUGUCCAACAAAAGAGGAGAAGGAGCGACAACAUGAAAAACAUCAAGUUGUGUUACACACAACAGGGUGAAUUUUGGCGAAUUAAACGCCUUUCUAUUAUUCGCUCAAUGUGACGUCACAUUGGUAAGCAAUCCGCCAUUUUCUCAAACACAGAGUCAAAUCAGCUCUGUUAUUUUCCGUUUUUUCGACUGUUUUCCGUACCUUGGAGACAUCAUGCCUCGUCAGUGUGUUGUCGGAGGGUGUAACAACACCAACAGGGACGGAUUCAAGUUGCACCAGUGGCCCAAAGAUGCCAAAGUGGCAAGAAAUUGGACGAAAUUUGUUCAAAACACGAGGCUGUGGGGAAAGCCGACGAAAUGGUCAGUCGUUUGUUCCGCACACUUUACCGACGAAAGCUAUGCUACGACAGAGAUGGCAAGAAUGUGUGGAUAUCCUGCGACACUCAAAGCAGAUGCAUUUCCAACCAUAAAGUCAAAGAAAUCUGCCGCCAGACCCCCAUUGAAUCUGCCGGAGUGUGUGAGCAAUUCAGGGACAAAGGACCUCGGUAGCACGGCAAGCAAUGGCGGCAGUUUGUUCCCGCAGACGAGCGAGCUAAACCCCCUGGAUGUCUUGGCUCACACCGUCCCUUAUGCCACCGAAGAUGAUCAAGAGAAGAAUAUCGACCCUAGCUUCCCUGGCCUGCUGACAUCAACUCCAAAACUGGACAGAUCAGCUUUCAGGAAAAGAGAGCGGAUGAGCGUGUUACAGGACAUGUUUUCGAACUCUUAUGGACAUUCACUGUUCUCUGAAGAGGAUGAUUAUCAAACUUUGUCAAGAGCGGAUAUUGGAGUUCAGACAUACCCUGAUGUGAAGUCUAAAGACAUCCAUCAGCUGAUUGGACACCAAGAAGAAUGUCUCCAUCAUCUGCAGGGGGACAGUUUCACUUCAGAGGAUCCACAGCCCUCACACAUGAAAGAGGAAGAGGAGGGAGAGUGUCCUGUAGGGCAGGAGGAGGAUGAUGUCAGCAAGUUUCCACUGACUGUUGUCUCUGUGAAGACUGAAGAGCAUGAAGACAAAGCACCUGAGUCCUCACAGCUUCAUCACAGUCCAAACGUCCAGCGGGUGUCAGCAGAGAGUCAUGAAGAGAUUCCCUCCAAGCAGCAGGAGUGGAGCUCCAGUGUGGGACAGAAGGAGCUGGAGCCCCCACACAUUAAAGAGGAAGAGGAGGAACUGUGGGAGCAGCUUCAAAGGUUGGUGGAGGCUAACGAAGAAGAUGAAGCUCAGUCCUUACAGCUUCAUCACAGUCAAAGUGAGGAGAACAGAGGGGCGGAGCUUGUAAGUCAACACAUCACAGAAGCUGAUGGAGAGCAUUGUGAAGAUAUCAAGUCAGAACCAGACAGCAUCUUUGCUCCACUGUCAGACAUGGACCACAUGAUGUCACACUCUUCUGAUCACAGUGACCACAUCCAAAAACCUUUGGAGAGUAAAAAUGACUCUAAAGGUGAUACGAGACAUCACACUAACAACAAACACUUUGACUGCUCUGAAUGUGGGAAAUCAUUUAGAUGGCAGAGUCAUUUUACAGUACACAUGAGAAUACAUACUGGAGAGAAACCUUUUACUUGCUCUGUUUGUAAGAAGAGUUUCUACACAAAGCAAAGCAUGACCACACACAUGAGAACACACACUGGAGAGAAACCUUUUACUUGCUCCGUUUGUAAGAAGAGUUUCUCCAGAAAGGAACACAUGACCACACACAUGAGAACACACACUGGAGAGAAACCUUUUGCUUGCUCAGCUUGUGCUAAAAGAUUCAACAAUAAGAAUGACAUGAUAUUACACAUGAGAACACACACAGGUGAGAAACCUUUUACUUGCUCUGUUUGUAAGAAGAGUUACUCCAGAAAGGAACAAGUGACCACACACAUGAGAACCCACAGUGGAGAGAAACCUUUUACUUGCUCUGUUUGUAAGAAGAGUUUCUACAGCAAGCAAAUCAUGACCACACACAUGAGGAGGACACACACUGGAGAGAAACAUUUUGCUUGCUCAGCUUGUGCUAAAAGAUUCAACACUAAGAAGGAAAUGAUAUUACACAUGAGAAUACACACAGGUGAGAAACCCUUUACUUGCUCUGUUUGUAAGAAGAGUUUCUCUAGAAAGCAACACAUGACCAGACACAUGAGAACACACACUGGAGAGAAACCUUUUUCUUGCUCAGCUUGUGCUAAAAGAUUCAACACUAGGAAUGACAUGAUAUUACACAUGAGAACACACACAGGUGAGAAACCCUUUACUUGCUCUGUUUGUAAGAAGGGUUUCUCCAGAAAGGAACACAUGACCACACACAUGAGAACACACACUGGAGAGAAACCUUUUACGUGCUCUGUUUGUAAGAAGAGUUUCUACAGAAAGCAAAGCAUGACCGUACACAUGAGAACACACACUGGAGAAAAACCUUUUGCUUGCUCAGCUUGUGCUAAAAGAUUCAACACUAAGAAUGGCAUGAUAUUACACAUGAGAACACACACUGGAGAGAAACCUUUUACUUGCUCAGUGUUAGAAUAAUUAUGUAUAUAUUAUCACACUAACUUUAGUAUCCUUAAAGUCUGUUGCUUUAGUUAUUGUGCUCAAGUUAGACUUUUCUAUUCGUGCAAGGACAAAAACUUCUUGUCUGAGGGGUGGCCUCAGCCACAGAUGUUAUCUUUGUUUUAGCCCGCUAACAGCCAAGGACUUCAAGGACCUCAACGAAGAUAAGACGAUUGCACGCAGACGAAGCAGAGACUUUAAGGACCUCAACGAAGAUAAGAUGACAUCACGCAGACGAAGCGGAGACAAGGCGAAAUCACAAGGCCCCCACCACAUUCUGUCACGUAUUGUGCGUCCUGGACCUGCUUUGCAUAAAAUAUGUGACCACUCCUUUUAGAUGCGGCCUCAGUGAUGUUGACUGUGGAACUCUUGAAUA